UUCAAGGUGUGGGAGCAACAUAUUAAAACCAUUAUAUUCUCUCUCUUUCACUCUCUCUCUAGUCAGGACCAUUUAGAAUAGAAGGGUUGUUUAUAGUUUCAAAACAAACUUGUUGUAGGCUUUCUUCUUGGAAUUGUUCUUCUCUUUUGUAUGGACAUGAAGGGAUAUUAUUCAGUUUCCUUGACAAAAAAACACACAAAACACUCUUUUUUUUCACCUCAAUUCACAACAAGACAACACCAAUGCAAACAAGAAAAUCAUCUUGUCUCAGAACAAACAAGUUUACUAAAUCAUUCUCUCAAAUUGUCUUCUUCCACUUCCCAAAACAACCUACCACCUAUUCUACAUGUUUUUGUUACUUUGCUUCUGUUUUUUACCUCUAUUAGUCCAAUUUUGUCACACCCCAUUCUCUCAAAUUCAACUUCAUCACAACAACUAAUCUCUCACAACAGCAAUGUUAACCAAACUCUUAGACCAGAUGUUGCAUUACAUAAGUUGAAGAGAAUCAGAGCUCACUUGAAGAAGAUCAACAAGCCUGCCGUCAAGACAAUUAAGAGUCCAGAUGGAGAUUUGAUUGAUUGUAUUAUAUCUCAUCAACAACCCGCUUUUGACCAUCCAAAACUCAAAGGACAAAAACCAUUGGAUCCACCAGAAAGGCCAAAAGGGUACAACAACAACAAUGGAGAAAAUGCAACAAAUAACUUUCAGCUUUGGACUGAUUCUGGUGAAACAUGUCCUCAAGGAACAGUUCCAAUCAGAAGAACAACAGAACAAGAUUUUCUUAGAGCAAGUUCUGUUAGAAGAUUUGGAAGAAAACCAAGAGGAGUUCGGAGAGACUCGUCAGGGACCGGUCACGAGCAUGCAGUUGUUUUUGUAAAUGGAGAACAAUAUUAUGGAGCAAAAGCAAAUAUAAAUGUUUGGACACCAAGAGUAACCGAUCAAUAUGAGUUCAGCUUGUCACAGAUUUGGGUUAUUGCGGGAUCAUUUGGUAAUGAUCUUAAUACAAUAGAAGCUGGAUGGCAGGUAAGUCCUGAGUUAUAUGGUGACAAUUAUCCGAGAUUCUUCACUUAUUGGACUACGGAUGCGUAUCAAGCAACUGGAUGCUACAAUUUACUAUGUUCGGGAUUUAUACAAACAAACAACAGGAUAGCAAUAGGAGCUGCAAUCUCUCCAAGAUCAAUCUAUAAUGGAAGACAGUUUGAUAUUGGCUUAAUGGUUUGGAAAGAUCCAAAGCAUGGACAUUGGUGGCUUGAAUUCGGAUCAGGUCUACUAGUUGGAUAUUGGCCAGCAAACAUAUUUAGUCAUUUGAGAAAUCAUGCAAGCAUGGUACAAUUUGGAGGAGAAGUUGUGAAUUCGCGAUCAAGAGGCUACCACACCGGAACUCAAAUGGGAAGUGGACAUUUUUCAGGAGAAGGUUUUAGAAAAGCAGCUUAUUUUAGAAACUUACAAGUAGUUGAUUGGGAUAAUAACUUGCUUCCUUUAUCAAAUAUUCACCAAUUAUCUGAUCAUUCAAAUUGCUAUGAUAUUAAAGAAGGAAGAAACAAUGUUUGGGGAACUUACUUUUAUUAUGGAGGUCCCGGAAGAAAUGUGAGAUGUCCAUGAAUAUGAACAAAUUAUUAUUGGUACUAAAAACCCUACAUUCUUCUCUUCUAUAUGUUAUAAGUAUAUAUUCUUUUUUUUUACUUUCCCAUUUUUUUUACUUCAUAUUUUGGGAUUUUUACUCUUUUAUUACAAGGUUUACAUAGCUUGAAUGUAUUUUUUUUUUAAUUUGAUAUUCGAUCUUGAGUCUGACUAAUCCAAGUCCAAGGAUCUUUAGUAGUA